GGAUCUGUAUCUGAUGAUAUGAUCAUCAAUGAUCAGUUAUUGGUUCAUCUAGGUGUGCGUCUCUCCUCCAGCCGCCCAGCAGGAGGCCGUCAUGGAGCCUCCGGAGGACUCGGAUGGUCGUUCCUUUGUGGAGGUUCUGAAUGAGAAGUACAGCCCAGAGAACUUCCCCCUCCGCAGGGGGCCCGGUAUGGGAGUGGUGGUGGUCCCCACCGUGGGUCCUCAAGGGUCCCCUAUGAAAGACCGGCUCAACAUGCCCACCAUGCUGGUUCUGAACAGCUGUGGGAUCAUCCGAGCCGGAGACCAGGCGGAGAUUGCUGCUUUCUGCAACCAUGUCAUCGAGCUGGACCUGUCUCACAACCUGCUGCAGGACUGGAGACAGAUCAGUAAAAUCGUGUCCAACAUCCCCAACCUGGAGUUCCUGAACCUGAGCUCCAACCCUCUAGCAGGAAGCCGUCUGGAGCCGCCGUGUGCUGGAGGCUUCUCUCGAGUCCGCCGCCUCGUCCUCAACAACACUCGGGUGUCCUGGGACACGGUGCUGCUGCUCACCAGAGAGAUCACCGAGUAAGAAGAGGCUCAUGUAACUCUCUGCUGUCACGUCACCGUUAGAGAAGGCCUCAUCUGCAUAUUUAAACAUAACAGGAAACUUGUAAUACAAAAAGUAAUUGUCUUAAUGUCUUAAUAUAUAUAUAUACAGAUAUAUAUAU